AUGUUUCACAAAAAGCAUUCAAUAAAAGAGGUGAGUGCAGUUGGUAAGAAAGAGGCCAAAAAGCUUAGAGAAGGUGUCGUGGGCCUCUUGGAAAAUGAGCACUCAGAGUGCGUGGAAUCCUUCUGGAAAAAAAACGAUACUCUAACUCGUAUCACGUGGGAUUUUUCGACUGGUGGCAGUGCAGCGUUUUAUGUGGUGAAUGAAGUUCCAUUGGCUAUAUCCACUUGUUUGCCUGAUGACGCACACGGUGCCAAUUCAAAAGGCGAGAUGAUUUUAGCUCCGACAUUAUUUUUCUUCCUGAUGGUACGGAACUACUACAAAGGAGAGGAUGUGGACAUUGCCACUUUGUAUGGCCCAAGCGUUUGGUGCCGGGGCCCGACUUCGCAGUUUAUUCUUUCGGGGGCUCAUCUCAUGAUACCUGGAGUUGUCAAUGUCGGUCUGCGAGACGAAAAACCGCUACGCACUGGACAGCUGGUUUUCGUUUAUUCCCUGGGGACGGUUUGGCCUUACGCUAUUGGGCUCUCAACAGACGAGCUUGUGAACGGUUCUGAGAGAGGCAGAGCUGUGUACGUACUUCACUCUUAUAGAGAUUCCUUGUGGGAUUCUUACUACACAUUGUAUAAUGCAAAAUGUGGAUCUUUGUGUUCUUCUCUUCCAUCAAUGUUUCGAAGCACAGAUGUUGCUGAAGGAGAAAUCCAAAAAAUAAACCUGUUGUGUGAUGACUCAAUGGGAGAAGAGCUUGAGAAAAAAGAACCAAUCGAGGAUUUUGAGACACCAGAAGAAGGGACUUCCCAUACAGAAAACGAUAUUCUCAAAUCUGUAAUGGAGGAUCUUGCAGAAGAAGAUGGUGUUCUAGAUUUUGCACUGUGCGAAGCGGUAAAGGGUCUCUCUCAGUCCAUGCUUCCCAUACCUCUGACUGAGUUUUCACCGCUUUUACUUUCAAAUUAUCCCAGGGUACUAGGUGCUGAUAUGCAUAUUGAUUUCAAACGAACGAAGUACAAAAAGCUCCUUACAUAUCUUUUUUCGAGGGCUGAUGUGGUUUCUGUUUCCGAAGAAAAAAAAGGAAAUCACUCCUUAACUCGAAUUAAUAAAACUAGCGAGCUGCUUAGACAGCAUCGGCGAAAGUUUGCCGAUUUCUUGUGUCAGGUUCAUGAACCUGCAAAGGAGGAAGAGAUGCUGGAAGCUGAACAACAGGUGUUCCGAGAGAGUGGAAAGGGUGUUUUUAAGCGCCGUAUUGUGUCAAUCGAGACCCUUUUUUCACCUCGAAAUGGGGAGCCCCUUGAAUUGAAAAGAAUUCUUUGUACAGGUAUCUUUCCUGGGCAUCCAGGUGGGAAUGCGCAAGAAGAGAAUGUUGCUCAAUGUGUUGCAGCUGGAUUCAUUGAUGACGAUGAUACAUUUUUAGAUGAGCUAUACUCCCGCAAGCACUUGUGUGAUAAUCUUCGCAGCUACGUUCAGUCACGCGGGCUUUUUCAAUUGGGAGUAAAAAGUGAAGGUGCACCAUUUGUUCGAUUGAAAGAAGCUCUUUCAGUUCUUGUCAAAAAUUCGGUCGAGCUCUUGCGCAUUACAACCAUUGAAGAUACUGUUUUCCAGAAUAUGUUUACGCCCGUUCAUCAAAUCACUAUGGAGACUAAUCAGAUUCUUAAUGGUGCUUCGGCGUCAAAGUCUGUCAUCACCCGAGCAAUAAAAAAGGGAAAAUUACCCAAAGUUUUGAUGCAUACCGAAAAGCGUGUAGGAAAUAAAAUAGUUACGGUGGUGAGAGGCUUGGAUACGUAUGGUUUUGAUCUCAUCUCUUUGGUGAGUGAAUGGAAGCAUCGGUUUUCUACAUUUUGUACGAUACAUGACCCCUCUAAGGAAAUGCAGAGAGUCAAACAAGGGACAAAAAUUUCUUUGGAAGUUCAACUCGGUGGGGAUUGGCUUUCUAAACUAAAGGUAGUUUUGGAGAAAGAUAUGGGUCUUCCACAAUACCUUAUAGAUAUACAUGGUAAAUAA